UGGUGACUCGCGGGCUGAGCAGGAAGGAAACCGCUCCCGAGCGCGGCGGCGUCGUCUCCAGGCCGUGCUGCCGCCUCCCCUGCCGCCCGUCCGCCCGCUCGCCCGUCAGUCCGUCCACCCGCAGCAUGAGCGGCCUGCGCGUCUACAGUACGUCGGUCACCGGCUCCCGCGAAAUCAAGUCCCAGCAGAGCGAGGUGACCCGCAUCCUGGAUGGCAAGCGCAUCCAGUACCAGCUAGUGGACAUCUCCCAGGACAACGCCCUGCGGGAUGAGAUGCGAGCCUUGGCUGGCAACCCCAAGGCCACCCCACCCCAGAUUGUCAACGGGGACCAGUACUGUGGGGACUAUGAGCUCUUCGUGGAGGCUGUGGAACAGAACACGCUGCAAGAGUUCCUGAAACUGGCGUGAGCUGAGCCCAAGCCAGCCCACGGGACUUCGCCAUCACAUUCCCCCAGCCAUUGCUGGCCAUGAAGGACCUUGUGACCAACUCCCUGUUAUUCCUAACCUUCUGACCUUGGAGCCCCUCCCUCCAACCCAAGCCUCUCCUCUUCCUCCCUCUUCCUCCAUUCAGAGGCAACAUUCCUUACCCAGUAGUCUCAGAAAUUGUCUUAAGCAACAGCCCAAGUGCUGGCUGUCCUCAGCCCGGCCCUGGGACUGCCACUCUGCCUGGCACUGUCUGAUGGGCACCUUUGUUGGUUCCAUUAGCCAGGGCUCUGCCAAAGGCCCCGCAAUCCCCAACCCGGGAGCACCCUAGUGACAAUUAAAUGUCCCAUUCCAUUGGC